GCAACGGAAACAGUUAAUCUCAACCCAUACAAUGGAAACGUAUAGAGAAUCUCCAAACAGGCAACGGAAACAGUUAAUCUCAACCCCUACAAUGGAAACGGAUAGAGAAUCCCCAAACAGGCAACGAAAACAGUUAAUCUCAACCCCUACAAUGGAAACGGAUAGAGAAUCUCUAAACAGGGAAUGGAAACAUAUGGAGAAUCUCCAAACAGUCAAUGAAAUGGAAAACAAAUAG